CUUUAUCUAGAUAACAUGAAUGCCCGCUGCAAAACACGGUCAAAGUAAAAUAGCUAUCAGGAUACACUUCCUUGAUAUAUAAAGUAAUAAACUCGUGCAAAAGGUGGUUUCCAUUCAGCAUGUGUUCCUUUGGCGCGUUGGACAAGCUCGGACCCCACGGCAGACACUAUUCACAUGGAGGAGAGAUAAAUUACAGACCGCACAUUCAGCACAUAGAGCCCAUCCUAACAGAGUGUGACCUUGACUGGAGCUCUAGUCUGCGGCGGCUGCCUGCACCUCGCUACAGUGAUGCUCCACUCCCUCACAUCAAAUUGAUCAAGUUCCCUGAAGAGACCAGACUGCUCAGGUCCUUCCCACAGGCCAACAUGGUGUCCCAGACUGAGUGGACGUUUUAUCCCAACUUUGGUCAGCCCAGAACCUUUCAUGUUGGCAAACGCUGUUUGCUGGAGGGAGGUCACCAUUAUAGGACCAUACGGUGUUCUUCAGAGAGAACUCUGGAGGUCACCAUCGGGAGGAAAAAACAAGCCAGGUUUACCUGCCAUUCUGCACCUGGUUCUAGACCCUAUCUAACACCUGAGUACAGUCCUGACUUUCAUAAGUUUGGAUCAACAUUACCAACAACACAUUUUGGGUCACUGACCUUCAGUGCAGAUACAUUCGUUCCUCUUCAGCCACCUCCAAAAAAGACAUGUAUUCCAUAUGUAGCGAGGAAGAGGAUGGAUGACAGGGAGGCAGACAUACUGGAAGUGAAGAAGCUGAGUAAAUGGAGGCCUGCACCAGUCAUAUUCAAAACUGUGCUGGACAACUGACAUGUCAAAAUGUUUUUGGGAUGAAUGAGGAGAAAUGGAUAACACUUCCAAA